AUAAAGCGCAGAACGACUCCCAUAACCCGCAUGAAUUUGAAGUGCAGAAUAUAUACUACUUAACAGGUGACUUUUGUUCGACGAUUAAGUGCAUCUCGCUGUUGCUGUAUACUUUUCUAGAUUUAUUUUGGUCAGGAGCGAACCCGGAGUCACAAAAUGGAAGGUGCUGCUACACCCAAGCCAGUUUUAAAUGUGGAGAUACUGCAACAAAGACGAAGUGCUCAAGAUAAAAUAUCCAUAAUUGAUGAGGUAAAUAAAGUAAUAGAGAGUAUGCCAACACUUAGAACCGAGAGUUUCCUUCCAAAAGAUAAAUUAAAGACCCAGAUAGCUGAACAAAUUGUUCAUGUGAAGAUCUGUGAACUUGAUGCCACUUCAGAAAUUAAGCAUGUGGAGACAUCUUCAGUGGAAAUAGAUUAUUAUGUAUAUAAGCUAGAACACUGUGGUCCUGGUAUUGAGGAACUGGAAGAAAGUGAGGAAGAGAUUCCUGCUGCUACCCAUUGGAUGUUGCCCGCGCUUGAAUUUGAAGACCUGUGGGAGAAUCUAGUAUAUGAUGAGCCAAUUAAAGAACAGUUGUUAAGAUUUGUCCGAAACAUCACUUCCUUUUUUUCAAAGAAAGGCUUAAAAAGCAGCGUCAUAACAUGGAACAAAGUUGUCCUUUUGCAUGGUCCUCCUGGAACAGGAAAGACAUCACUUUGCAAGGCACUGGCACAGAAGUUAAGCAUCAGAAUGAACAAGCAGUAUAAGUGUGCACAAAUACUGGAAAUCAAUUCACACUCGCUCUUUUCCAAGUGGUUCUCAGAGAGUGGAAAACUAGUCCAGAAGAUGUUCAAUAGAAUUACAGAAUUAGUUGAAGAUCCUGAGUCACUGGUGCUGCUUCUCAUUGAUGAAGUAGAAAGUUUAACAUUAGCAAGACGGUCAGGACAAUCUAAUGGGGACCCAAGUGAUGCUGUUCGGGUAGUUAAUGCUGUUUUGACACAACUAGACCAGAUUAAAAAGUAAGUUCAGCUGUUCCA